AUGCGCUCUCCCCAUGGUGCUCGGUAUUUAUAUGUAUUGACGGCGGCGGCGGCGGCGGCGGGUGCCCGCCCGCCCCCCUUCUCGCGGAAAGACUCUCACAGCAGGAACGGCUACAGGCAUUACUGGAGUGACGGCGGAGGGGGUUUGAGUUAUGGAUGUGUGGGUCACAUGGAUCAGUCUUGUGGUUACAAAUGUAAAGGAACGAGUGGAUGCAGAAUCAUUCUUGCUGCUGCUGCUGCAGCGUCUCCUCCUGCUGGAAAGACGGCGAAAGAGGAGGAGGAGCAGCAGCAGCAGGAAGAAGAAGAAGAAGAAAUGUGGGGAGCAUGCGAGUGCAUGCCACUCUUGUUCUGUUUCCCAACUCUCUCGGCUCUCCGUCCCACACUUUGCACCACCAGCCCCCAGAGCCGUCUUCGCGCCCCGCACUGUUCUCCUUCUUGA